AUGGAUAAGUUUUUGAAUUCUAGUAGAAAACGUGAUAAUCCAGAAGUAAUUUCAAAUAUUGAAAAGAAACAAAAAAUCAGAAAAUAUGAUGAUAGUUAUUUGAAUUUCGGAUUUACUAUCACUGUUGUUGCAAACGUAGAACAUCCCCAGUGUGUUGUUUGUUUGAAAGUAAUGGCUGUAGAAAGUAUGCUUCCAAAUAAAAUGAAACGCCAUUUGGAGACAGUUCAUGGAAAUUUGGUGAACAAACCACGUGAUUAUUUCGUAUCAAAAUUAAAAGCUAUGGCUCAACAAAAACAUAUUUUUACAAAACAAACUACAAUUCCUUCUAAAGCACUACUUUCUUCCUAUAAAGUAGCUUGGCGAAUAGCAAAGAGUAAAAAACCUCAUACUAUCGCAGAAAAUCUAAUUUUACCAGCCGCUAUGGAUAUGGUGUCUAUUAUGAUUGGGGAUGCUGCUGCUAAACAACUUCAAAAUGUGCCAUUAUCAGAUAAUACUAUUAGUCGUAGAAUACAAGAUAUGGCUGAAGACAUCAAUGAUCAAUUAAUUGAAAAACUAAUAGGAAAUGACUUCGCCAUUCAACUGGAUGAAGCAACUGACAGCCAUAAUGAUGCCCAUCUUAUUUGUUAUGUAAGGUUCGUAGUAAAUGACGUGUUUCAUGAAGAUUUACUUUUUUGUAAAACUAUUGUUGGUGAAACAAAAGCAGCAGAUUUAUUUAAUAUAUUAGAUUCUUUCAUAAUUGAAAACAACAUUGUUUGGGACAGAUGUUUUGGUGUUUGCACCGAUGGAGCUCGCUCUAUGGCAGGUUGUUAUAAUGGUUUACAAGCACUCGUUAAAAAAAAAGCCCCUAACGCUGUAUGGACGCACUGUAUUAUUCACAGAGAAGCUCUCGCUUCAAAAAUUAUUAGUCCAAGUCUUAAUGAAGUCUUGCUGUCUGUUAUUGAAAUAGUUAAUUUCAUCAAAACUCGACCUAUAAAGUCCCGGUGUUUUAAAAAAAUGUGUGAAGACAUAGGAGCUGAGCAUACCUCACUUUUGUAUUAUUGCAACUCCCGUUGGCUUUCACGAGGAAACGUGUUGAAAAGAGUAUUUGAACUUCGAAAAGAACUACAUUUAUCUUUACAAGGUAAUGAGACCCACAUUUUGCAGUUAACUGAAAAAAUUACUUCUUUUAAAAGAAAAUUAGUCUUGUGGAAGAAUAAAAUGGAUGAAGGUGCUUUAAAUGACUGUUUUCCCACAUUGUACAUGUUCCUUCAUGAAAAUAAUUUAAACUUGAUAGAAUCUAUCAAAUUAGUAUUCAUGGAACACUUAUCACAACUUAUUGUUCACUUCCAAAAUUAUUUUCCCGAGGACGAUCAACAACGAAAUUGGAUUAAAGAUCAUUUUACUACUGAUCUACCGUCAGAAUUAACAAUUACUGAACAAGAACAACUGAUAGACUUGUACUCAGAUUCAGUAUCAAAAUCCAAAUUUGUAUCAUUAUCUUUACCAGAAUUUUGGAUAGCUAUGAAGAAGCAAUAUCCGAUCGUAGCCAAUAAGGCUAUCAGGACUUUAAUUCCAUUUGCUUCUUCAUACUUAUGUGAAACGGGUUUUUCGGCCUUAGCAGUUAUCAAAAAUCAUUUAAAACGAAAACAUCCAUCAACUUUAAAUACAGCAUUUGUAAAUGAGGAAGAUCCAGAUUCCGAAUUACAAACUGUCAACAAUUUAACGGCCCCGUCAUCUUCAUCAAUUUCUUCUUCUUUACCUAACACUUUAACAACAUCAGAACAAUCUUUAGAGCCUUUGGUAAAACGUCAACGCCAACUUAGGUUAUAUGGUUCAGCAAAAAAAAAUGAACUUAGUGACGCUGACAAUAAAUCAAUAGAUAAGGCGUUAGUAAAAAUGAUUGUUUCUGAUUAUCAGCCUCUAUCUAUCGUAGACAAUAUCGGUUUUAAAGAAUACACAAAAAUUUUACAGCCUCUUUAUACUCCUCCGAGUAGAAAAUUGUUAUCGACAAAAUUAUUACCUACUGAAUAUGACGUUAUAGUUUCAAAAUUAAAGGGUAUGUUAAGAACUGUUCUCAAUGUAUCAGUUACUACAGAUAUGUGGACAUCCGACUCUAAUAAGGCCUAUAUUACAGUUACAUGCCAUUUCAUAUUCGAUGAUAUUUUAUACUCACCAGUUCUUGCAACAAGGGAAGUACAUGAUUCACAUACUGGGGAGAAUAUUGCUGCUUCACUUAGACUAAUUUUCGAUGAAUGGGAAAUAUAUAGUAAAAUUGUCACUAUAGUGUCCGACAACGGAGCAAAUAUUAAAAACGCUAUUAACCAACACCUUUAA